AUGGAGAAGCUGGGAGCAUGUGCCCUUGCCUGUGCCCUGGCAUUCCUGGUCCUCAACCAUGUCUGGUGGCUGACGGAGCCCGCCUUCGCAGCCUCCACAGGCAUCCGUACGCCGCCGCCCGCCGCAAUGGCCUCUGCAGCCCCUGUGGCUGCUCCCAUGAUGGCCAGCUCCGUCAGCUCUGCUUCCUGCCACGUUCGCGGCGUGGGCUGCUGUAUCCUGGCCGCUGCGGCUGCAGCCGCCGUCGGCGCGCGGGCCCGUGCCCGCCGAGCCGAGUCCAAGAUGCCCGUGAAAGACGCCGAGGUCGAGGUGCCGUAUGGUUUCCAGAAAACGGUCCUCCCCGACUUCGAUUACUUGAAUGAUGUGGGCUAUCUCCCUGAUGGCACACCGCUGAACAAGGCUGGCAAUGCCAUCAACCAUCCUGAGAGGAUUGGACCUGACCGGCACAUGAGUGGCUCGCCUUUGCCGCGGGCUGUGUUCGUGAACUCCGUCGGCUACCUUCCCGAUGGCACGGCCAUGAAUCGAGCCGGAAACGCGAUCAACCACCCAGAGAGAAUCCUGCCGGACGUACACACCUCGGGCUCCCCAUUACCUUCCUCAAAGUACAAGGCUGAUUUGGGAUACUUGGCGGAUGGCACCCCGCUGGCCACUGCAGGCAACAACUCCUUCAAGCGCCCCUCUCCCGUAGAGGCGAUGACGGCACGCCCCAACGAUCUUGCUGGCUCCACAGAGCAAGUGCAGCCAGAGCAGGCUCAUCAUGGCAUCAAGUUCGAGUACAGCUUCCAGAAGGACGCCUAUGCCGACUACGAGUUCAGCAACGACGUGGGCUACCUCCCCGAUGGCACACCCUUGAACAAGGCCGGUAAUGCCAUGAACCAUCCUGAACGCAUUCAGCCGGACCCGCACACACCUGGGUCACCCUUGCCGCGGGCAUUGUUCACAAACUCCGUCGGCUACCUUCCCGAUGGCACAGCCUUGAACGCGGCCGGCAACGCGAUCAACCAUCCGGAGAGAAUGCAGCCCGACCUCCACACUGCGGGCUCUCCGCUGCCAGCUUCGAAGUACGCUGCCGACGUGGGCUACUUGGUGGAUGGCACUCCGCUCGAUGCUGCUGGCAACAACUCCUUGAAGGUCACGUCGCCAGGCGCUGUCCCAACUGCAACUGCCGUUGCAGCUCCAACCCCCGCGCCAAGCGUGCCACAAGCUGCUGUCGCAGGGGAGGCUCAUCAUGGCAUCAAGUUCGAGUACAGCUUCCAGAAGGACGCCUAUGCCGACUACGAGUUCAGCAACGACGUGGGCUACCUCCCCGAUGGCACGCCCUUGAACAAGGCCGGUAAUGCCAUGAACCAUCCUGAGCGCAUUCAGCCGGACCCGCACACACCUGGGUCACCCUUGCCGCGGGCAUUGUUCACAAACUCCGUCGGCUACCUUCCCGAUGGCACAGCCUUGAACGCGGCCGGCAACGCGAUCAACCAUCCGGAGAGAAUGCAGCCCGACCUCCACACUGCGGGCUCUCCGCUGCCAGCUUCGAAGUACGCUGCCGACGUGGGCUACUUGGUGGAUGGCACUCCGCUCGAUGCUGCUGGCAACAACUCCUUGAAGGUCACGUCGCCAGGCGCUGUCCCAACUGCAACUGCCGUUGCAGCUCCAACCCCCGCGCCAAGCGUGCCACAAGCUGCUGUCGCAGGGGAGGCUCAUCAUGGCAUCAAGUUCGAGUACAGCUUCCAGAAGGACGCCUAUGCCGACUACGAGUUCAGCAACGACGUGGGCUACCUCCCCGAUGGCACGCCCUUGAACAAGGCCGGUAAUGCCAUGAACCAUCCUGAACGCAUUCAGCCGGACCCGCACACACCUGGGUCACCCUUGCCGCGGGCAUUGUUCACAAACUCCGUCGGCUACCUUCCCGAUGGCACAGCCUUGAACGCGGCCGGCAACGCGAUCAACCAUCCGGAGAGAAUGCAGCCCGACCUCCACACUGCGGGCUCUCCGCUGCCAGCUUCGAAGUACGCUGCCGACGUGGGCUACUUGGUGGAUGGCACUCCGCUCGAUGCUGCUGGCAACAACUCCUUGAAGGGAGUAGACGCCACAAGUCUAUCUUCGUCGGCGUCUGCAGCUGCUCUCGUGGGCUCUGUCGCCCCCCAAGCAUCGGACGUGCGACACAGUGGAGGCUUUGAGUUCUCGUUCCCGCGGAACGCCUAUGCAGACUUCCUUUUCUGCAAUGACGUGGGCUACUUGCCGGAUGGCACAGCAAUGAACAGGGCUGGCAAUGCGGUGAAUCAUCCAGAACGAGCUCCGCCAGAUCCUCAUGCGCCAGGAUCUCCAUUGCCUCGUGCACAUUUCGUUAAUGAUGUUGGCUACUUGCCAGAUGGCACAGCGUUGAACCUGGCUGGAAAUGCCGUGAACCAUCCUGAGGCAAUCCAGCCCGAUGUACACAUCUCAGGCUCGCCGCUGCCACCGUCAGCUUAUGCUGCCGACAUCGGCUACUUGGUCGAUGGCACGGCAAUGGAUGCAGCUGGCAACAACUCGCUUCAAUGA